AGGUGUCAAUACCAUUGUUUAUUAAAAAUCAAAAACAAAGAGACAACAGGAAAAGGGCGAAAUUGUAGUAAAGGCGUAUAUUCUUUGGCACAAGGAGAGAGCUACUGCCUAGCGCCUACUGGUGUUGACCUGAUUUGGUACGAUGAGGACCACCAUACUUACGAAGGUCAGAGAAACAGGAGAAGUUGAUUUCCAAGUUCAUCAGAGAAACCAUAUCAAUUAUAAGAUCCAGAUUUGAUCAAGGUGGGACCCACUUUUAUGUGUUUGGUAAACAAGUGAAGAUACCACGGUGGUUGAGUGCACGCUAUCACAGAACAUCACCAAAUCCCUCAUAUCAUAAUUCAUAAUUCGUAAUUCCUUUCAAUUUGCGUCGCAAAACCAGAGAAUAAUAUGAAGAUGGAAGUGUUGCAGAUGGUGUCAGCCGCAAUUGCUGCUGAUUUUGCGUCGGAAAAUGGGAAUGUUUCUACCGCCUUUCGUUGGGGUGCUUCCUUCUCCGUCCUGUUUCUGUUAGUACUGAACCUAUUAGGGAGAAGAUCCAGGCUGCAAGCUUCUCUUCUGGCCGUAUUUCUUACAGCUAGUCUCCCAGCAGCUAUUUUCCAGAUAUUACGAGGACAGUUUGGACGUUGGGUUGCUAUUCUUGGUAUUGCUUCAAAUUACUGCUUUCCAAGUAUCUUCCCAGCUUCUGUCUCUCGCUUUCUCCUCUUUGUUGUUAUGCCAAAUUGGCUGGCCAAUGAACUACGCGAGAGCCUUGCAGGUGGUGUCUUCUGUCUGCUAAUUUGCGUAUCACUUUUUAUAAUGGAGAUACAUGCAAAUGGAGGAUGCAGCAGCCGUUUAUGUACUGUGCACUGCUGUGCAUUUUGGUUCAGUAUGGCUCUUCUCUUCUUCUUUACAAUACUUUAUCUAUGUUUAGGAUCUUGGUAAGUAACUAGAAUCUCAGCAGGGUGAAGAUCCUGUUGCAAUCAUGCUAUGCGCUGAUUGAGAUUCAAUUUCUCAUGGAUUAUAGAUCUGUAAAGUCUUUGUAUAUACACAAGAAUCAUAUGUAUAGAUCACUUAAACAAAGUAGAAAUUUUUUUAAAAAGUGGAGGUUCUCUAUGCA